GAGGAAUUUGAAAAAACCAAAUAACUACAAAUGAAAGAGUUGGUUGAAAUGAGAUCCCUUUGGGAAAAGGCCAUGGAAAUUUGCAAUGCAAGAACACGAAGCAGUUUGCUUCUUGUGUUGUUAAUUUUGAUGCUUCAUGUUGCUUCGUGUUUUGCAGAUUCUAACAAUGCUCCCGAGAGGCCGUCUUUUUGGAAUUUCAUUCAAGAAACUGUGGCUAUUUUGAAGAAAUCUCAUUCCACUCCAUUGGAGAAAAUCAAGAGUCUCAUUCACCAAAUGCAGUUGCAGUUUUUCCCUCCCAAUUUAGAUUUUAGGAGUAGUGAUGAAACAAAGGGUGGUGUGGUUGAUGAAAUGAAAGAAGCAGUGGAAAAGAGCUUUGGAGCAAGCAAAGAUGCAGUUGAAGAAUCUGCAAAAUCUGCAGCAAAAGUUAUGGAGGAAGCAGUAGACAAAGUUAAAGAGAACUUAGCAGAUAAUAAGGACAGGGUCAAGAACAAACAUGAUGAGCUUUGAUCAUCCAUGUCCACUUUCUUAAAACUCUGUUAUUUUUCUUUGAAACUUAGAGAUUAAAUUCAAUAGGCUUCUUGUGACAGAUGAGGAUCACUUUGUGCCUUACCCUAGUCACUAACCUUCUACCAUGAAUGAAGUCUUUAGAAAUGAUUUACUUAUUUUUAGAAUAGAGAAAACCUAAUUUCCAAUUGGAAACAGGCUUAAGAUAAAUCUGCA